AUGGAACUCUUCCAACUCCGCGUCCCCGCCGGCGCCGGCCGCGCCUUCACCCCGUCGCGCGGGUCCAUGGUCGUCCUCACCCACGUCGCCCUGACGUGCGAGGGCCCGAAACGCGCGAGUAAAGACGAAAGAAUCACCGUCCAAGUCGCGACCAGAGGUGGCGGCGGCGACGGGAAAACCGACGCCAUCGCGCUCGGCAGCGUGAGCGACGCGCCCGGACGCGAACAGUUCGCCAUCGGAGGCUCCGGGCUGUGCUUCGGCGACGGCGAACGAGUGGUGGUGUCGCACAACGGACGCGAGGCGGAGGUGUGCCUCACGGGGCGGGUCGAGGCGACGACGGCGUCGCUCGGCGGCGACGAUUCGAGCGAUGAGAGCGAAGAGAACAGCGAAAGUAACGGCGAAGAAGACGGCGAGAGCGAUGAUAGCGAGAGUGAGAGCGACGGUGAGGAGGACAUGAUGGUGAAGGCGAAGGCGAUGGCGAAGGCGGCGGCGGCGGCGAGACGAGCCGAGGCGAGCGACGAAGACGAAGACGAAGGCGAAGACGAGAGCGAGAGCGAGAGCGAGAGCGAGAGCGAGGAUUCCGAACAGGACGAUUCAGACGAAGAAGAAUCUGAAUCCGACGAUGCGUCGGACGACGAUAGCAGCGACGACAGCAGCGACGACAGCGACGCGUUGCCAGGGUCCAAGCGCAAGGCGAACGCCAAGGAGGCCAAAUUUGAAGACGCGCGAGACGCCCGUCGCGGCGGACGCGGCGGCGGACGCGGCGGCGGACGCGGCGGCGGACGCGGUAAGGGUAAGUUCGCCCGUCGAUGA